AUGGUCCAGCACUCCAUUUCCGACGCAACUGUCAUGACAAUGGGUAAAGGCUUUAGUAUCAAGGGUGACGCUGAGCUGGGCCCAUUACUCCUCAAAGGUUACGAUAAGGCAAGGUCCAAGUCCCAGGAGAACAUCCCCGGUCGAGGGGAGGAUGCAGAAGCUGGACGGCUACCGCCUAUCCGCAUCGCAGCCAUAUCCAACGACUCUGUAUCAACCCUGAUCUCCUUCAUCUAUCUCUCCCCGUCCUCACCUUCCUCUAAAGCCUCAAUGGGCCUCAUCGUCGGCACAGGCUGCAACGCCACCAUCCCCCUCAAACUCUCCACCCUCGGCGCCUCCAAGUGGCCGGCGAGCGUGAGCACGUUACCCGGUGAAUCCUCCCGUGACGUCCGCAUUGCCGUCAACACGGAGUGGAGCAUCCGCGGCACCGCACCUCCUCUCCGGACCUUGGGCCUCGUCGCCUCCUGGGACUCUGCCCUGGACGCGGCGCUAGUCGGACCCAACGAGAUCACCGGCUUCCAACCCCUGGAGUACAUGACCGCCGGCCGGUACCUCGGCGAGCUCGGCCGGCUCAUGCUGGUAGACUACCUCCAGACCGUAUUGAACAUCGCCAGGGACACACUGCCGUCGCCCCUGCUGGUGCCGUACGGUCUAACAACGACCUUCCUAAGCCACUUCAAACCCCUCGACCCCUCCAAACUGCUCCCCAUGCUGGAGGCGGAGUUCCCCCCGGACAGGACCCCCUUCCAGUGGACUACCGAAAUGGCAACAUCGCUCUACCACAUCGCCAAGGCGAUCGAGCUCCGCGCCGCAGGCAUCGUCGCAGCCGCCACCGUUGCGCUCCUGAGACUAGCUGAAGAUGUACCCUCCGCGGAACUAGCCGUCCAGAACGACACCUCCACGCCUGUCCGGGAGUUGGGCGUCGGUUACACGGGCGGCUGCAUCUCGCACUUCCAGGACUACCUCGCCGACACGCAGGCGUUCCUCGACGAGAUUGUGAGGCUGGAGUUCGACGGCAGGCCGCCGCCCGUCAGGGUUGUCCUAAGCCCUUGCCACGAUGGCGGGAUCAAGGGUGCUGGCAUCCUCGCGGCUGCCACGGGGGUUAGUCAGAAACAGGACAUGUAG